UUUUUUUUCUGAAAAAGUGACGCAAUUGUUUGUGUGAUCGAUUAACUGCAGAGUUUCUGAGCAAAUUCAAAAUGGCUCCGACAGUAGGAAGGUUCAAUUUGACUACAGUUUCUGACAGUUUAAAUAGCGUUGAAGCCGCCAAAACGCAUUCUCAUUCUGUUGUUAGAGACUAUAUCUCGCAACCCAGAUUGAAUUACAAGACUGUAUCUGGUGUGAAUGGACCUUUAGUUAUCUUAGAUCAAGUCAAGUUUCCUAAGUUUGCAGAAAUUGUUACAUUGACUCUGUCAGAUGGUUCAAAGCGCAGCGGCCAAGUUCUAGAAGUUAGUGGAUCUAAAGCAGUUGUACAAGUCUUUGAAGGUACAAGUGGAAUAGAUGCAAAAAACACAACAUGUGAAUUUACUGGAGAUAUUCUAAAAACUCCAAUUUCAGCUGAUAUGCUUGGUAGAGUGUUUAAUGGAUCUGGCAAACCAAUUGACAAAGGUCCUCCAGUAUUAGCUGAAGAUUUUUUAGAUAUCAUGGGUCAACCAAUAAAUCCAUGGUCACGUAUUUAUCCUGAAGAGAUGAUUCAAACUGGUAUUUCUGCAAUAGAUACAAUGAACAGUAUUGCUCGUGGACAAAAAAUUCCAAUAUUUUCUGCUGCUGGUCUACCACAUAAUGAUAUUGCAGCACAAAUUUGUCGCCAAGCUGGUUUGGUUAAACAUGGUAAAGGAACAAUGGACUACUCUGAUGAUAACUUUGCAAUUGUCUUUGCUGCUAUGGGUGUAAACAUGGAAACUGCCCGAUUUUUUAAGCGUGAUUUUGAAGAAAAUGGAUCUAUGGAAAAUGUGUGUUUGUUUUUGAACUUAGCUAAUGAUCCAACAAUUGAAAGAAUAAUCACUCCAAGAUUAGCUCUGACAACUGCGGAGUAUCUUGCUUAUCAAUGUGAGAAACAUGUGCUUGUUAUUUUAACAGAUAUGAGCUCAUAUGCUGAAGCAUUGAGAGAGGUCUCUGCCGCUCGUGAAGAAGUACCUGGUCGCCGUGGUUUCCCUGGUUAUAUGUACACAGAUUUAGCAACCAUAUAUGAGAGAGCUGGUCGUGUUGAAGGCAGGAAUGGUUCUAUUACUCAAAUUCCAAUUCUUACUAUGCCCAAUGAUGAUAUAACACAUCCUAUUCCUGAUUUAACUGGAUAUAUUACUGAGGGGCAAAUUUAUGUUGAUCGUCAACUGCAUAACAGACAGAUUUACCCUCCAAUUAAUGUGCUUCCAUCUUUGUCACGUCUAAUGAAAUCUGCUAUCGGAGAAGGCAUGACUCGUGUGGACCACUCAGAUGUUUCCAAUCAACUUUAUGCUAAUUAUGCUAUUGGUAAAGACGUUCAAGCUAUGAAAGCUGUAGUGGGGGAGGAGGCUCUUUCUUCUGAUGAUUUGCUUUAUUUAGAGUUUUUGCAGAAAUUUGAAAAGAAUUUCAUAUCUCAAGGGAGCUAUGAAAACCGCACGGUAUUUGAAUCCUUGGAUAUUGGGUGGAAGCUUUUGCGUAUAUUUCCUAAAGAGAUGUUAAAACGUAUUCCUGCUAAAAUUCUCUCUGAGUAUUACCAACGAGAUGCAAAAUCGUAAUUGUUAAAAUUUUUAGUAGCUUUGAUUUUUUUGAAUAUUUAAGUAUUUCUCAUAGUUUUACAAAUAAAUUAUACUAAAUUUUUGUAAUGAAUACCGGAUUGUAACGAAUACCGAUUAUGCUAAUCGUAACUAUUUUUUUA